GCUAAGACACUUGACACGAAUGCCCCGAAUCCAUCCCUGGUAGGUCGAUCUUCGUCAUGGUGGGGGCGGGGUUAGCUAUUAUCGUCCGCCGUCCUUUCGCCUGUGAUCCUACAACGCUAUUGUUUCUAUAUACUCCUACAUAGACGACCUAGCAAACUCUAUAUCAAAUACCUACUUCCAAGUUCUUCCAAGGUACCAUACACAAACUGUGGGAUCUUGUGGGUGAACGGAGUUAAGAUGAGCUCCGAAGCCAGACUCUACACCUUCUCCCAGGAGACGAAAGACCACCUACGCAAGUUUCGCUUAACUACGUCGAGAGCGAGUGGCCCCCAAGCUGUCAUUUACUACAUCGACAAGAAGACGCACGAGAUCAAGCAGGAUGAGGAUAAGAUAGUGUAUAAAUCCCUUGAGGAGAUCGCCGACGAACUACCGGACAACUCGCCGCGUUACAUACUACUGAGCUACCCUCUAACUCUUCCAUCCGGCCGUAUGUCCGUACCUUACGUCCUCCUGUACUACCUCCCUAACACUUGCAAUGCCGAGAGCCGUAUGAUGUAUGCGGGUGCGAAAGAGUUGAUGAGGAAUACGGCCGAGGUUGGCAAGAUUCUUGAUAUCGAGGACGCCGAUGAUUUGGAAGGGAUUCCGGCGAAGCUAGGCGCCGAAUAGGCUGCCUGGCCCCGUGUGACUUUCAUAUUGGAUUGGUUAAGCUUUGAGAUUGGAGGGAUUC